AUGUUUUUUGGAGUUGCCAAACAAGCCAUCAGUUCACAUGGUUCUUUGACAAUUGAAGGAAGAGCAAUUGACACCAAUUCCACAGUCACUGAAGACGGAGAAGUUCAAAGUGGAUUGAUUUCUUGGAUGAGAGAACUUAGUGAGAGUGAUUGCAGAUUACGACAAGCUCUGAGAGAAGAAGGAGAUCAUAGAGAGCAAACUGGUGUGCCCAUAACUUGUCAUGCAAAAGUGUUGGGAGCAAUGGAGAGCAAAGCAACUAAAAACAUUAUAGUUGCAUCGUUUAAGCGUUCUGGUGUUGUUGGAGUCAAUAUUGGCAAGAUCAAAAGAAUGUUCGUUUCUAUAAAAGAGGCUUCCAGAUUGUUACAGGAAGCCAAUGGUGUUUAUACCAGCGAACAAUUGGAAUCGUUUGUUCUUCCGCCUACAUCGACAUAUUUGGUCAAGAUGGCAGAAGAGAGUUUAUCUUGGAAUAUACAAGAGUUAAACCAACAUCGAGAGCCUUUACAAACAACAAUAUUGCCACCUAUUGUUGAUCCAAAUGAGAAAAAAUUCCCAAACACCCAAGUCAAUCCGAAUAUAAUUUCGAGUUCUGACUUUAUGCUAAGGAUGAACAGAUACUUUUAUGGUUUAUAA